AUGAAACGGAAUAACGGUUUCCGUUCAGCUUAUUUAUACGGAAUGGAGAGAGAAAUGGUUGUCCGACUUAAGAGUGUCCCCUCACACUCCAUCCCUCUACCAGCAGACCUCGCCCUCUCAAAUCUCCAGAGCUCGAAAGAGGGAGAGGAAGGGAUCGGACUCCAGCUUUCAGAGGCUCUUUUUAUGUACACACUUUCGGCUGCUGCUGCUGUUGGGUUUGCCUCUCGUAUCUAG